AUGGCUGAUCUUGUUACUCCAACUAUAAGUUUAGGGGAGGUAUCUGAUAUUUUGCAAAGUUCAGGGGAGGUGAAUGAGACUGUUAGAAAUCUCAGGGAAGAGUCAAAAGUUCUUAUUUUAAGCUUUCACAUGAUUAGGUUGAUAGUGCCAUGCAUUGUCAAGCAAUUUCUCGGAUACCCAUCAGAGCACUUCCUUGUUGAGGGAUGCGCCACUGAGACUGAUGCUUGUGAAGGGAGUGAUGUUGAUGGGAAAUUCUGCUCUUUGAUCAGUUUGCAACUUAAGGAGACCUUCUAUCAAGUGGAGGGUGGUUUGAUCGCUUUGCUCAGAAAUUGUUUGGCAUCCGAGUCUCAAGAUACAACCAGUAUUUUGUCCGGGUAUGUUGAUCAUUUCCAAAGCCGAGAAUGGGAAGACAUUGGGUGGGGUUGUGGAUGGCGUAAUAUUCAGAUGCUUAGCUCGCAUUUGAUCACACAAAGGCAAGAGGCAAGGGAGGUUUUGUAUGGUGGUGCUGGAUUUGUGCCUGAUAUUGCUUCUCUCCAAAGAUGGCUUGAAAUUGCAUGGGAACUUGGAUUUGAUGCACAAGGUUCAAAUGACUUUGAUAGGGAGAUCUAUGGCAAAAGGAAUUGGAUCGGAACUACUGAGUGCGCUGCACUUUUUCGUUCUUUCGGGCUACGUGCCAUGGUAGUGGAUUUCUGUAGCAAGGGAACCCCAUCUGCAUCUUCAACCACUGCAUUACACCAUGGGAAAAUGGCUAGUGAGGAAAUUGUUGGCAAGGGGAAGUUGACAAAGGUCUAUGGGCCCAUGGAUAGAUAUUUGUCUAGACGAGAUAAUAGCUUUACCCAUGAAAUUUUCACUAUGCCUGAAGACUGUACGCAUUCAUGUGCCCUGUUGGGAAGAUCAAAGAGAACAGAAGCUCUUGCAAAGUCUCUCGAACAAAACUGUGGAUGGCAAAAGCUGAUAAAGAGAGGUAUCCACACACUGAAGAAGCCGCAGUAUCAGCUUUGCUUUAUUGAGCCUGGAAUUGCAUCUGGAGAGGAGAUUGACCAGCUGAAGGUCUUAUACGGCAUCAAUAUUGAAGUGUAG